GUUCGCUUGUUCAAACCUAAACACGAGUGGUGUGGGACGGACGUUGUUGUGUUCGCGUGUUGGUCUCGCGUCUGAAAGGGAAGACGCGCGGUGUUCUCAGAGCGUCAUUUUGCCCACUCACGAGUCAAAGUUUUAAAUUUUUGACGUUUGUUACCGGCGUUCCUCUUUUUGAUCUGGAAGGAUAUUCAUCACCAGCAAGUAAAUUUAGCUGCUGUCAGUUUGUGGACGCUGUUCGGCAGUUCGGCUUGCCUCUCGCGACUCAACUUGUUUUUGUUUUCGAAUUGACAGCAGACGAAUUUGGGAAAAGUGCAUCAUUUUGAACAGACUGCAGUGUGUUGUGUGUCAGUGAUUUGGUGUCAACAACGUUUUAGUUAGUACCAGUGGACACCCGCAAGGCACCCCUCGAGAAGGCUUUGGAAGUGGAGGGCGCAACGAAAUGAAAUAUUUUGUUUCCGUGUGUCGUGUUUAAUUUAGACCUCUAUUUGCUUUGAUGUUUGCUCGAAUCAGUGCCUGCAACGAGUGACGAAAUCAAUUUGUGGAUAAAGUGACUGCGGUCUGAAAUACCAGACCCCAUUCUAAAUCUUGGGUAAAGAGGUUAUGUGACACACUCAAAAUGCCUGUGAUUCUUGUUGAUAGGCUACCUUUGCCUAGUUUGAAAACAUACACAGUUAUAAGUGUUGCACUACUAUCCUGCUCUGUCUACUAUGCUGUGCAAGUCACCAGUGAAGCCAAUUGGAAAACAAAUGCUACUACCCCACAUGAAACAGUGGCUCAAGCGUCAUCGGGGAAGAUACAAGACCAUGCAUUUACUCGUGUGCAACAAGCCAUCGAACCAGGGACAAUUCAAGCUGAACUACCACCACUUCUCAAGGCCAAACCUACUCUGAGUGUCCAGAUUGCAGAGGUCGUCACGUACAUGGUGCAGGAGCCUCUUUGUAUUUGGACCCUGAUGAACAUGGCGUACUGCUGUCUCAUUCUACUGGGCAAGCUGAUUCAGCGUGUGGUGUUUGGACAGCUCAGAGUUUCUGAGCAACAACACGUAAAGGACAAAUUUUGGAACUUUGUGUUUUACAAAUUCAUUUUUGUUUUUGGGGUAAUAAAUGUCCAGUACUUGGAUGAAGUGGUUCUCUGGGUUGCUUGGUUUUCUGUGCUGGGAUUUCUACACCUACUGGCUCAGCUGUGCAAGGAUCGAUUUGAAUAUCUCUCGUUCUCACCUACAACACCAGGCUGGAGUCAUGCAAGGCUGGUUGGCCUGUUGUUUGCCAUUCUCCUCCUCUCUGGUUUUAUGUUCCUCAUCUGUAUUGCUGUUGGCUUCUUUGAUGGAUUCAACACAUUUGCCUUUAUGGCUGCAGAGUGUGUUCUGCUAACUGUGAGGACUCUCCAUGUUAUAUUACGGUACAUUCUGCAUUUAUAUGACAUGCGUGGAAGUGACAGUGGUAGUUCAGGAAAUCAUGAAGGUCUUGCCCGGGUUGUGGCCUGGGAAAAGCGAGGGCCUGUUGCUUAUUAUGCUGAGUUAGUUUUGGAACUGGCAGCUUUACUAGUGGAUCUUCUUCAUCAUCUACAUAUGCUUCUAUGGUCAAACAUAUUCCUCUCUAUGGCAUCACUUGUGAUCUGCAUGCAGCUACGUUUUCUCACUCAUGAAAUACAAAGGCGAUUCAAAAAGCAUAGGAACUACCUUUGGGUUCUCAACCACUUGGAACAAAAUUAUCCAAUGGCCUCAGCUGAAGAGCUCGCUCAAAACUCGGACAAUUGUGCCAUAUGUUGGGAAAAAAUGGAAACAGCCCGCAAGCUCCCCUGCUCUCAUCUCUUCCACAAUUCAUGUCUCCAGUCAUGGUUGGAGCAGGAUACUUCUUGUCCUACUUGUCGUCUUGCUCUUUCUAUGCAAAGUCCUAUUACACGUGACCAUGGCCCCUUGGACCAUACUUUGCUGGCUGUAGAUGGUGGUGCUGAUGGUGUUCAGGUUGCAAGGAGACCACCUGCUAACCACUUCUUUCAUUUUGAUGGCUCGCGAUAUGUUUCAUGGCUCCCAAGUUUCUCAGUUGAAGUUACCCACACACAACUUCUGAGAGCAGAUCAAGGACCUCCUGUUCAAACGUCCCAACUAGAUGCUAUGGCUCGUCAGGUUCAGCAACUGUUUCCUCACAUGCCCAUGCCUGUUAUCAUGGAUGACUUAAGGCUCACUCGCUCUGUUGAAAUCACCAUUGAGAAUAUUUUGGAUGGGCGCUUAGUGGCUCCCCCAGGGCGAAGAUUCCAUGAAGAACCUUCAGGCCCUAUUGCAAUUUCGUCAGUUCCCACAGUGUUGCCUCAGUCAGCACAGCCUUCUGCUCCAGACGCCAGUGCUCAGAGUAUCACUCACUCAGACAGCACUGCAACUGAUGAAGAGCCAAGCAACCUUGGUGGUCGGUUUUCAAAAUCACCUUCGGAGCGCGAGCGCAUUCUGCACCUGCGGAAAGAGCAGCUACUUCAAGCAGCGAGACGCCGCUACCUUGAUAAGCAAGAAGGAUCAAAACCCUCUUUUGAUUCAUGUGUAGUAGAUGAGAAUGUCAUUGCUCCUGAUACAAUGGCGUAAUAGGAAAUUAAUCUAUGUACCUAUCUGUUUAUUUUUUCCCAAUUUGAGAUAUUAGAUAGUGUCAGUUUACAGCUGUGGCUAUAGAUCACUACAAUCUUUGAGCUUCCGAAGCUUCAUCUUGAGAAAUUGUUAAAAUUAUACUGGAAGAUUUGGGAACUGUCAAUGGGCUUUCAAAAUUGUUUUAUAUCCAACUAUCAUUGUAUUUGUACUGGCUUGAUUAGAAAGCCAAAAUUUACAUAAAUUUAACUUUGAAAAUGUGAUAAAAUUUUCUUUGCAUGAAGCAUAGCUGGCACCUUUUAAAAUUUAAAAGAAAAGAAAGAAAAUACUAUUUGACAUGUUAGGUUCAUGUUAAUUUCGUUAGAUUAAAUUUAAUUACUCUUUUUGGUGGCUUGUUGCCUAUUUGUGUGAAGUAUUACUGGUGUGUUUUUGUAUUUACCAUCAUAAAUAUGCUUCCUCAGUAAGAAUGACAUAACGGAUAGCUUUAAAUUUUGAGUGGAAUAAAUCCUUUAACAAGUUGACUGGUAUUAUUGUUUUGUAGAGGAAUUUGUUGAUUGACAUGCAUUGAACAUGACAGUUCAGAACUGAUGUUAAUUUUAUUGUUUCUAUUUUUACUAUUUUAUUUUCUUCUGGUAGUGUCUCUUUCUUAUUAUUUUUAUUUGUAUGCUGUUCAAAGAAAUUGUGAUUGGAAUUGAAAUUACUUAAUUUGUUGUAGAUUUAAGCUGUAUGGCUAAUUUCUUAAUCCAUGCUGAAAUUGAUGAUGCAUAACUACAAUAAGCUUGUUAGUUGAAUUUUGCUUGACCUGCUCUACCUUUUAACCACUUUAAAUGGUAUAUCUCCUUUCUUCUUGGCAGAUUGACUCUUAUAUGAAUCUGGUUGAAGUCUCAUUCAUGCCAUAUGAAUAGGAGCAAAGUUUUCCCUUACUGUUGGUAACUUGCUGAGGUAGAGGUUGAUGUGCAGUUUAAACUAAAAGGAAAAAUGGCCUCCUCUGCCAUCUUCUAGUGCUGUGGAGUGUGGAGUAUUGGUAAGUAGGUGCCCUGUGAUACUAUUGUUACAUGGUUAUGUUUUAUUUUGUGUGAGCCAUGAACUAGGAGUCCUUGGAAUGGUCUAAGUUUUUGGCUGCUCUGUGAAAGUACACAUUGAAUGCUGUCAUCAUGACCCAUUACUUAAGUUUUUGCAGCUUACCUUUUUUGUUAAUUUAUUUUUGAAGAAACAAAUAGUUUUGGUGUUUUUGGUUGGUUUUCAAUUGAUAACUCAAAGAAAUAAAAAAAAUAAAAAUAUGGAAGAGUGAUAGUUGACUGCCAAAAAUAAUAAUAAUACAUGUAUUUGCUUGCUUUACUGUAAUUUAGCUGUCUUGUGUGCCAAGCCAAGAGUGGUUCUUCUUCUUUUACUCAGUGAGAAGAGUACAGCGAAUGUUAUCCGUAACAUUAUGGCCAUGAAAUGUGUAGUUUUGGUGUUUCAAGUCACAUGUCAUUUUUAAUCUAAAGGUGUUAGUGACUGGUUGCUUUAAACCCGAAAGCAAUGAAUCUAGUUUGUAAACUUCCAUUUCUCUUUGCUUUGCCCUGGAAGUUUCUUUGCAUUUAUCGUAUUGUACUUGUAACAACACUCAGAAUAGAAGUAGAAGCAAGUUAAGAAAGUGAUUUCACUGGGCUUUCUCCUCUUGCAGAAUGUGUGAGUGAAUGAUUGUGAUAUUUACAUUUUGUUUGUGUAAUGCCAAAAUGUGUAUUGAAUUGAAAGUACUGAUACCCCAUAAAAAUAACUCUGGUUUUUAUCAGAAUUACUAUACAUGUAAAUAAACCUUACAUUUGGUAAGAAAUGUAUGAGUAAUUAAGUAAUUUGAGUAGAUGUAAUUACUGUAAACAAAUUAGUCAGAACUGGUAGUAGUCGGAAAUGAUGUUAAAUGGUUCCAAUAGAUGAACAAUUGAUUUGUGUUAAUUUAAUAUGUAUGUGAAAAGACUAAAUGUGUAAAAUAUACGCCUUAAUUUCUCCUACACUAUUAAA